AUGGCGGCCGUCUCAGCCGAGGAGGAGGAGGAACCGCCAGAGGCGGCGAUGAAGAAAGAGCUGGGGCCGACGCCCUGCGGCUCCUGCAUCGCCUGGCCGCCUGCCGUGUCGGAGCGGUACGAGCCCCUCGAGAAGCUGGGCGAGGGCAUGUUUGGCGACGUCUACAAAGCCUGGGACCGCGUCGGCAGGCGCCUCGUCGCCGUGAAGCGCCUCAGCGGCAGGACCGACGACCGGUUCGUGGAGACGAGCCUGCGCUACUUCGCCCGGGAGGCUAUGUCCCUCGGCGCCUGCCGCGGCCACCCCUCGGUCGUCAAGCUCGUGGCCACGCACGCCGACAGCGCCCGCAGCGACGGCGACUGCUUCCUCGUCACCAGGUACGCCGGCCCGCUGAACCUGCGCCAGUACAUGAGGCUCCGCUCCGUCCAGGGGCGGCCGUUCCUGGAGGCCGAGGUGCGCGACGCCAUGCGCCAGCUCCUCUCCGGCGCCAGGCGCGUGCACGACGCCGGCGUCCUGCACAGGGACAUGGUGCCGGAGAACGUGAUCGUCGACGAGAGGAGGGACGGGAAGAAGGUGGUCUACAGGAUCUGCGGCUUCGGCGUGUCCGAGCGGGCCGCGCGGCCGGACAGGGACGGCUCCGCGCCGCUGGCGUCGCCGAGCCCGUACCGCGCGCCGGAGAUCUUCCUCGGCUCCCAGGACUACGACGGCCGGGUCGACACGUGGGGGCUCGGAUGCAUCAUGGCCGAGCUCAUCGCCGGCAGCGGCAAGCCUUUCUUCGGCGCCAACCUGGACGCCAAGGUCUUCGAGAAGAUGCAGCGCGCGGUGGGGACACAGGGCAUCGUCGAGUGGUCGGGGCUGCAGAGGCUGGCGAGACGCGAUCUGGCCGCCGAGCUGCGGGAGAAGGGCUACGCCACGUACACCGGGUGCCUGCGGGAGGUGUUCCCGGAGAAGCAGCUCUCGGAGGCCGGCUUCGAGGUUCUGAGCGGCCUGCUCGACGCCAACCCGGAGCGCAGGCUCACCGCCAAGGCCGCGCUCCGGAAGCCAUGGUUCCGGCGCUUUAGCUUCGGUGGAUGCUGCUUCGUGCCGUGA